CUGUGCCCGGUUGACAGGCCCCACUUCAUCUUAAAAAACCAUCUGUCCCCAGAGGCCUGCCGUUUUCCCUCAACCACUACAACAUCAACCCCGUGAUGAUUUGUGGUGUCUACUUCUUAUACAUCCUGCCGCGAUGACCCAGAAUCACUGCCCAGUGUCCUGUUUCCUGAUCCCAGAACCUUGGCUCGCAUUCCCGGACUACGGCAGACUGCUACAGAGUUUCCAGAACCUCCCAGAACUUCCCUUGGCCCUCCAAGACCACUGCGCAUCGUCAGUUUGCUAUUGCUGUUGUAGGUUGCGCGCCGUCAGGCUGCGUCACUGCCCCUUGCCCGGAGCUUGAGAAAGCCGGCUGUUUGGGCGACGCAGUCGGCCGCUUCCUGCCUCAGUAUGUUUGCCCCUGAAAAAGCCCGCAAUCGGCCGCCUCCUCGCCGCUCGCCCUUGCCGCCCCCAGCCACCACUAUUGGAUCGCACCUGAGCAUGUCUAUGCGGCAGAAAAAGAGGGAUGGCAUCAAAAACCGCCGGCGGCACGCGAAGGAGGCGCAGGAGCGGAUUCGGUAUAAUCUCCCAUUCCAGGUCCCUGCUCAGCCACGCAUCUACCUCGCGAAGUCCAAGUUUGGCCCAAAACAAGCGCCUCGCCUAGGGAAGGCGGCUCGAAAAGCCGUCGAGGACAGGCCAUUGACCACAAUUGCUCACAACAGCACCGUCACCCAUGCUGGCAUCCCAAACCCGAACUACGCAGCCGACUCAGACAUCCCACGAUACGCGGCAAUUCGCUUCCACAAUUGCGUACCUGAGAACGAGGCGGAGAGGCUGCUGGCUCAGGUGAAGGAGCUGAAAGAUAUGCCGUUCAAAACAACAGCGGCCCACGGCGAUACCUUCCUCCAAGCCUGGAUUGGGUUGUGGCGCAAGUACUCUUGUGCACCGUUUGUGUCUGCAGGACGUAUGCAGAAGAAGCCUAUCCUCGACGAGGGCAUCAAGAACCUCAUACGAAUUCUAGAUCAGAGCCUUGCCAAGGCCGCCGCAUACCUACGCGAUGUUGACGAACCGACCUACAAUCGCAUGAGAUGCAGCCACAGCGACAUCUUCAGACUCGCCUUGUCCGGCGUCGAUCGGCAUCGAGCCGCAGGGGCACACAGGGCAUGGUUUGCUGAGGAUCCAGACCGUGUUCUCACCUCCUCAUAUCGCUUAGGCGGUGUUGGGAGCAUGAUGGCGAUGUCUAUAUCCACAGGUGCUGGCACAAGCUAUCAUUACGAUGAGGGAGACGAUGGCCAUUUCUACUCGAUGAUCCUCGUACUCGGCACCGGUGGCCUGCUUAAGCUUCCUGAGACCGGCUACCAGCUCUACGUGCGCCCAGGGGAUGUCGUAUUCUUUCUCGCCAACCAGCAGUUGCACAAGCUCGAGAUUGAUUCCGAAAUUCCCAAUGCCGUCCAAACAGUCUUCACGUUGUGGACUGACAAGCUCGCAAUGCAGGCAGCGAAGCCGUCGCAGUACAACGAUUUCUAUAUCGUUGAGCCUGACGCAGAGGACGAGACGGAGGAGCGAUGACAGUCAAGAAUAACGACCACCUAAGAUGAUUGAUCAAUGCUCCAAGGCGAGAAGAUAUCAGUAAUCAACUAGACACGUCAAGGAGAUGGCAACGUUGCGUAGGCCGUUAAUCCGUCAGUGUCUACGACUACACAGAGAAAAACGGCCGAAGCCUCCACGGCGGUGGAGAGAUCUGGACGGUCGCCCGUUCAGACAGGAGUUCACACAAGCUACCUAU